UGUCGCUGUUUGAGGUUAUUUUGGAGCUUUUCAUUGAUGCUAAUUCAGCUGCAUUCUUGAUUCUCUGAAUCUUUCUUUUUUUUCCCUUUUAUUCCUUAGGGCCUUUUAAGCUGUUGAAGUAGACUACUGAAAGGUCUAGUUUUUUAGCAAAAAUGUUUGGUUUCUCUAAAAGACGCACAAAACUUGGCAGGGUCAAGAAGGUGCAACUCUCUGAUUCUACACCAGGGAUUAGAAGUCCUAUUAGACCCCCAAAGCGAAUUAUUAGUAGUAAUAAUGCCAAUAGUGAAGGUGUUGCACUUACAACUAAUAAUUCUGACGAGCUUGAUUACAAUUGCCCCUCUUCUGCUCCGCUGGAUAUCAGUGCCUCUACAUCAGGGAAUGCUGAGAACUGGAUGGUGUUGUCGAUUUCUGGGGACGAACCUACUCCUCGUUUCAACCAUGCAGCAACCGUCAUUGGGAACAAGAUGAUAGUGGUUGGUGGAGACUCUGGAAGUGGAUUGUUAGAUGAUGUACAGGUGCUGAAAUUUGACCAAUUCACCUGGACUACAAUUUCAUCAAAGCUUUACUUGUCACCCAGCAGUUUGCCAUUGAAGAUCCCUGCAUGCAGAGGCCACUGUCUGGUUUCUUGGGGGAAGAAGGCACUUCUUAUUGGAGGAAAAACUGAUCCUGCUAGUGACCGAAUUUCUGUGUGGGCAUUUCACACAGAAACAGAGUGUUGGUCAAUCAUUGAAGCAAAGGGAGACAUUCCGAUUGCCCGCUAUGGUCAUACAGUGGUUCGAGCAAGCUCUGUUUUAAUUUUAUUUGGGGGUGAAGAUGCUAAAAGGAAGAAAUUAAAUGAUCUGCACAUGUUUGAUCUCAAGUCUUUCACUUGGCUUCCUCUGCAUUGCACAGGAACCGGACCGUCUCCAAGAACCAACCAUGUAGCAGCUCUUUAUGAUGAUAAAAUUCUACUUAUAUUUGGAGGAACAUCCAAGUCCCGGACUCUGAAUGACUUGUAUUCACUUGAUUUUGAAACGAUGGUAUGGUCGAGAACAAAGAUACGAGGCUUCCAUCCAUCACCUAGGGCUGGGUGCUGUGGAGUUUUAUGCGGAACUAAAUGGUACAUAGCGGGGGGAGGAACUAGGAAAAAACGGCACUCAGAAACUUUGAUUUUUGAUAUCUUGAAAGUGGAGUGGUCAGUGGCAUUUCCAUCACCCUCAUCUUCUAUUACUACCAACAAGGGAUUUAGCCUGGUACUUGUGCAGCACAAGGAAAAGGAUUUCCUUGUUGCUUUUGGUGGAAGCAAAAAGGAGCCAUCAAAUCAGGUUGAAGUGAUGGGCAUCGAGAAGAAUGAAUCAUCAAUGGGUCGGCAUUCUGCUCCUAGUGAAGGCCCUAGACAUUUGCCGUUUGAAAAGUGCUCAUCAUCUACUGUGUUGGCUGAUCAACUUGGCACCGGCUCUUCUCAGCGUUCAGUUGAUUCAAUUACAAGACAAAAUUUGGUAUCUGCAAUUGAACAGCAUGGUUCUGGUAGGAAAUCUUUGUCAGAGUCCUUGCUUGUUGAUCCAAAUUCUGCUUCCGGAAAUGUCUCUUGUCACAAGGACUUUCACCACAAGGAAGAAAACACCACGGCUGCUAAGACAGCAAAGAACCUAGAUGGAAAUUUUGUAUCACUGGCCACUGAACUCCAAAGAAAUCAUUCUGAUGUAUCAGUCCAGCCUAACAAUCCAUUUGGUAAAAUUAAUGCUGAGGAGAUGUCUUGCGUAUUUGAAAUGGAAACUUCUAACUCUCAAAACCAAGGAACUGGAAACCUUUCAAUUGAUAAUGAGGAUGUACUAUUACCAGAGAGUGAUUGUACAACAGGAAGGGCUCAUGCAAGUAUAUAUCGAUUGUAUGAAACAAAAAUAGCUGCUCUAACAAGAAAGAACGGAGUACUUGAAGGACAACUGGCAGCUGCAUUUAUAGGUCAAGAAGCAGCAGAGAAAAAUGUAUCCUCUGCCCUGAAGAGCAGACGGGAAAUGGAGAAAAAGUUGGUAGACACAGUGAGGGAGAUGGAGUUGUUGAAAGAAAAGCUGGCUUGUGUAGAGCUAGCUCAAGAAGAGGCCAACAGCUUAUCAAAUAUUGUCCAUUCAGACAAUCUAAGGCUUGAGCAUGAUGUGGCUUUCCUGAAGGCUGUUCUGGAUGAUACUCAGAAGGAGUUGCAUUCGACUAGGGGAGUCCUUUCUGGGGAAAGGGCAAGAGCAUUCCAACUACAGAUUGAAGUUUUUCAUCUCAAACAAAGAUUGCAAUCUAUGGAAAACCGAACGCCUACACCAAGAAAGCCAUUCCAUGUGCACUGAGGAGAAGAUUGUGUGCAAGGCAGAGGGCAUACCAUCUAAGAAGAUAACUGCCACUGAGUUGAUCAGUGGUCUUCUAUACUAGCCUGUGUGCAGCUGUGCAUGGGAUGGAGAAUCAUAUUGUGGCAAUAUCACCUUGUAAAUAUAUGAGACAAAGGUUACAUCCAUACCUGUUCAGUUGCCUGCUAUUUCUUGGCCUUCAAAAAUUCUGGGGAAAUACAAGCUAGUGUCCAGUAUAGCGGUUGCAAUUUCAAAUCUUCUUGCUUUGGGUCUAGGAAAAUAACUUGAACCAAUAAAAGAUGGUCAUUUGAAGCGGUUAUGUCUUUGAUUUCGCCCCUUGAAGAAUGAUUGAGGAAAAAAAAUUGUUUCUUUUUAAA